AUGGAGCCCCUGAAUACAACCUCUCCCUCACAGCAGACACAGCCACUGCCCCAGCUGCCCCUUCCGGAUGGCGUAACCAGUCGUCUAAUCAAGACACGGGAGCUCACGUUCCACAUUCUUGAGGCUGGAGCCACACCGUCCCGCGAUCGGCCUCUGGUCGUUCUUCUGCAUGGGUUCCCCGAAAUUGCAUACUCAUGGCGCCGAGUCCUUCCUCGGUUAGCCGCUGCCGGCUUCUAUGUAGUGGCACCCGAUCAGCGGGGGUUUGGGCGAACAAAGGGCUGGGAGCCCCAGACGGAUGAGGCGGUUGAUUUGACAACUUUCUCCAUGACCGCUCUGGUUCGUGAUGUUGUUGUGCUGGUGCAUAGCUUGGGCUAUCGGUCUGUGGAGUGCGUUGCCGGUCAUGACUGCGGAGCCGUGGUCGCUGCAAUGUGCGCUUUGAUACGCCCUGAUUUCUUUCGCAGUGUGGUUCUCAUGAGUCAUCCAUUCAAUGGCAGCCCGGAGUUACCCUUUAACACUGCGAAUGACGGUGGUGAUCAUGCCGCGAAAGCGGAUGAGGAAGCGGAUCGGGAGACUGGCCCAGAUAUACAUGAUGCUCUCGCUCGAAAGGGGCGCAAGCACUACCAGUGGUACUACUCGACCCCGGAAGCGAAUCGAGACAUGUCUGAUCUGCCGGUAGAUGAAAUGCACCGCUUUCUACGUGGAUAUUUCCAUCUCAAAAGUGGGUCUUGGGCCGGCAAUGAACCAUCUCCACUAAAGGAUUGGACCGCAGACGAGCUGGUCAAGAUGCCAGGAUACUAUAUCAUGCCCCUUGACUGCACCAUGCCCGAGGCCGUGGAUAGAGACAUGAAUGGCGAUCCAGGACAGGGCCGAAGCUCUCGCUCAUGGCUACCCGAUGAUGAAUUAGCUGUAUAUGUGGCGGAGUAUAUUCGCACAGGCUUUCAAGGGGGGCUGAACUGGUAUCGCGUGCGUACUGCACCAGACGGCCGCUACAUGCGUGAUUGUGAUGUGUUUGCUGGUAAGAAAAUUGAAUGUCUGUGUGCAUUCAUCUCCGGUAAGCAAGACUGGGGUAUCUUCCAAGUACCGGGUGCUUUGGAGAAGAUGACCAGCGGUGAAGUGUGCUCUGCGUUUCGCUCACUGCGGCUGCUUGAUGGUGUUGGACAUUGGGUUCCGCAAGAGGCUCCGGAUGAAGUGGUGCAGACCAUCAUUGACUUGACCAAGGAGUUGAAUUCAUGA